GCACCUGGCGGACACGCCGCCUCGGUCGGGAGUGACAUCCAAUUCGCAGAUCCUAUAAACGGUCUGUGCCCUGGAUUGCUGACAUUCCCAGCCUUAUGCCUCCUUAAAUCUGUCGCAAUUUUUCUCAAAUCACAAUUACAUGCGGCUUUGAGAGUCGCGUGACUAAAACCAGACCUUCUAGGGUGGAUCUAUGGUGUAAUGCUACCCUUGCUAUGUCGACGGUAAUGUGGUGGGAUCCAUCUCGGAUUGAAGCGACUGUCACUCGUCCGUUUGUCUGCUCACACCUCCUGCCUGACGAGAUAAUACGGUUGGAUUUACCAUUGGGUUUUGGCGAUGGGCUGACCGAUGGAACUUACUGGGAAUGGAUUGACGAAAAGGCUAAACGCAUAUUCCUCAUCCUUUCAGAUCUAGGUGUACCAGAUCAGAUCUUCGGACUUAUUGACGAUAGUUGGGACGACGAUGACCUCCCUGUUCCACUGGACCAGAUCGAACGACUGGCACUUACACCUACUAGGGAUGACAAGAUCGAAAAGAGGUUCUAUUCCCGCCAGUUCCACUACCUGCUCAAGUUUAUCGAAAAAGGAGACUAUGUAAUCUACGAAGAUCCUGAGGUAGUGCCACUUAACGUGGAUAAACGCACUGGAUUAAAUAUCGGUACUGCUGUCGAUAGGGUUGAAUUGCCAAAUAGGCCUGGCGAGGCUUUCUCGCGGCGUCGCAUUCCUGUCGGGACUGGACCUGGGUUUCUGACGGGAGAGGAAUUUCUCUAUGAGAUCAACAAGGCGAAGAAUCUCGAGAACAUCCACCUCGCAUCUUACUAUGGCUCAUAUGUCCAUCAAGGUUUCGCUUACGUCCUCUUCUCACUUCCAAGCGACUUCAGCCUCAAAUCUCUUCUGGUAACCCAGCCAAGCUCGGUAAAAUCGCUGGCCAAGCAAGAUCGACGCCGUCUUCUCAUGAACUGGAUUCAUUGCCUCGUUGACGCUCUCUGCUAUCUUCACAUACGAGGCCUAUCGCAUGGCAACAUCAAGCCUUCGACUGUUCUUUACAAUGCCGACAACCAUGUUUUUUACGCAGACAUAAGCCGUCUAAGCGUAGAGGCGAUAGCUAACACUUCGGACAAAUCGACGUUUGACAAGGAGGCUUACGAUUACGCGGCCCCUGAACAAUGGUAUCGCCCGUCAGCUUCACACUCCGGCCCACAACGGAGGAGUACCCUUGUCGGCUCCUCAACGUCAACGUCAACAUCAUCGGAUAAUUCGACGUUCUCCAUUAACCGAGGAGGGUCGGAGAGCCUAAACCCCGUCUCGAUGCUACACUCGCCAACUCCCUCUCUCAAUCCUCAAGCAGUCGACAUCUUCUCACUAGGUUGUGUGAUACUCGAGCUACUAAGUUUUCUAAUGAAACGCCAAACUCGGAACUUCGCAUCACAUCGAGCGGCGAAGCAUAAGCAAGCCGGACGGGGAGGUGCAGUGUUGGAUUCUUCGUUCCAUAAGAACAUCGGACAGGUCGAAUCCUGGAUGGUUGGCCUCGCAAAGGACGCAUCGAAGAAAGACGACCAGGUGUUCCGUGGUGUUGGACCUAUGUUGCAGGUGGUUGCGCGAAUGCUCUCGAUUGUCCCACAAGACAGGCCUACGGCCCAGGAGGUUGAGCAAAGCACGUACAAGAUCCUGACGGAGAACUGCCUGAUCGCCGAGCCACACUGUGUUCACCAAUAUGGCGGCUGGGACUUUGGGUUCAGCAAUCUGAGCAUUAGCAGAGGAGGUGAUAACUUUAAUAUCUCGACAAGACGGCAGAGUGGGUCGGCGAGACCGAGUUCCCGGCUAGGAUCUGUAGGAUCUGGGUCAUAUCGGCCACUAAGUAGCAGCUCUAUACAGGAGAGAGAUAUGGCCAGCGGUAGCAGCUCACAAGCUAUGCAGAACGCCCGAGUAAAUAAGGUGCGCAACUGGCAGGCUCACAUAUACGCAGGUAACCACGACGGUUCCCCAAAUACUAAUCUGAUGUAGAGGGAGAACUGACGUCCUGACGUAUGAUGACAGAAACGACAAGCUUCGGAUGAUCUUGGGCAUUGGAGGACAUAAAAAGUUGGGAAGGCUAUCUAUUAGUAUAUAAGGCAUAGGAGUUGUGGGAAUCUUGGAUUCGAUAUCGGCGAAAAUAUCUCGGUGGUAACUUGUGGUUAUACUCUCUUGUUAAGGGGGAAGACGAAGGGUGAAGGGCGCUCGCUACUUGAUAUAUCGCAUAACUAGGUCGUGGAUGACCGGAGAUGGACUCGUUUCAUUUGGAGGGGGAUGUACCUAAGAUAAAUCGAAAUUAAGAUCUUACGCGGACUUUACUUAUGACCAACGCCACAUGUUAUAAUGGGUUUAGCUGUUGAUACACAGCAUACGGCAUAUGCUUAACUUGAUAGAGAUACUAAGAGUAGACCUGGAAUUAAGAUGGUUCUGGUUACUGGGUACCUAUUGUUAGCUUUUACUUUAGUUGUAAUUUUAUUAUGGCUUUGCUAAUGUAGUCCAAGUCUGAAAGAAAUGG